AAAACUUUGUUAGUAAGUAUCAAUAAAGAUGAUCCCAGUUUUAAAGGAGAUGGCUACAUCAGUUUGGCCGUGAUUUAUGCUUCCUUUGCUUUAUGCAAUUGGUUUGCACCCUCCUUUAUAGCCUUCACCGGGCCGCGUACAGCCAUGCUAGUGGGAGCAUUAACAUAUACAUUCUUUAUGGUAACAUUUCUGUUUCCCACCACUUGGCUGUUGUAUGUUUCGAGUGCUUUACUGGGUGCAGGGGCCGCUAUUACUUGGACUGGCCAGGGCACCUUUUUGGCACGUUGCAGUGAUUCAGGCAAUAUAUCACGUAAUUCUGGCAUUUUUUGGGCAUUGCUUCAGUGCAGCAUGUUCUUUGGCAAUCUAUUUGUUUACUAUCAAUUCCAAAAUAAGGAUCACAUUGACGAACAAACUCGCAGUUUAGUUAUUGGUGUUUUAAUAGCUGUGGCCGUUUUGGGUGUUAUAUUUUUGGCUACACUCCGUUCGGUGCCGGAUAAUUCACAUAUGGAUACGGAAUUGCAACAUCCACAAUCGCCAUAUGAUCGUUCAAAGGUCGCUUUAGUUUCGGCUGGUAAAUUGUUUUUAACACGGGAUAUGCUGAUGUUGAGUAUGGCGUUUUUGUAUACAGGUUUUGAACUUUCUUUCUUUAGCGGAGUUUAUGGACCUUCUAUCGGUUUUACUCAAAAAAUCUCGGAUACACCUAAAGAAAUUAUGGGAUUGGCAGGUAUUUGCAUAGGUGUAGGCGAAGUCUUCGGAGGCAGUCUUUUUGGUAUUUUGGCCUCGAAAACUACACGCUUCGGACGUGAUCCCAUCGUCAUAGUCGGCUAUGUUAUACAUAUGAUAGCUUUUCUUUUAAUAUUCUUAAAUUUACCCGAUGCUGCUCCUUUCAAUGACACCAAUGAUAUGUCUUAUUUUGAUCCACCUCAAGUAUGGAUUGCUUUAGUGUGUGCCUUGAUGUUGGGUUUCGGUGAUGCCUGUUUUAAUACUCAAAUCUAUUCAAUGCUAGGUGGAGUAUUUGUUAAGAAUUCAGUGGGAGCAUUUGCUUUGUUUAAAUUUACUCAGUCGGUGGCUGCUGCCAUAAGCUUCUUUUAUUCUUCACAUUUGGGUUUAAGGGCUCAAUUGGGUAUUUUGGUCGUGACUGGCACUAUAGGUGCGGCCUGCUUCUGUAUUGUUGAAUGGCGUGCCAAGAGACGGGCUCGCGAAGAGUCUCAAGAUGUUUCAGAAGUUUCUGAAUCAAUUUCCGAUUAUCAUAAAUAAAUCAAAAUCUUUGACUUACUAUUAUAUAUACUACAUACAACAUACAUAUAUGGACUUUAAAAAAUUCCACCUACAAAUAUGAUGAUGAGAUGCUUAAACAUUCCAACAUGUUUUUUGUGCGUAUGUGUGCAAUAUUUUUUUAUAAUUAUUAUCAUUUUCAAACGACAUUUGUAUAAUAGAACGAAAUGAAAAAGAAAUUGUGUCAAUUUGCAGUUAAUGAUUGUUGCUGUUGUAAGAAAAAAACAGAUAAAAAAUAGCAACGAACGAAAAAUUAUGAAAAUGAAAUCAUAGAAAUUGUUCCUUUUUUACAGUUAUUGUUUUGUUAAAGUUUUUCUCUCUAAAUAGUCUUCCGAGACAAUAAUUAGUACAUUUAAUGCCAAGAAAUAUGUAAUAAAAACAAAACAAAUAUUAAACAAUAUAAUGAAAUUACAAAAUAAAUAUUUACAAAUUACAAACAAUAAUAAAUAGCGAUAAAUAAACUAAACAUACAAACAUAUGUAUUUUGAUGUAUACUUAAUUGUAUUUUUUUAUUAAAAACAUUAUGUUAAAUUUGCAUAUUUUAGAAUUUUUUUUUAUAAAUUUACAAACAAGAAUAUUUAUGCAUAUUAAGCAUAUAAAUAAUAUACAUACAUUUACAUACAUACAUAUAUUUUUAGUGAAUUGAAUUAUUUUUUAUUUUAUUUCUACGUUUGUAUUAAAAAAAAAUUGUUGAACAAAAUUAUGAAUGUAUAAUAAUUGUUGUAUUCCUUUUAGUUAUAAGUUUAAAAAUAAAAAAAAUUAUAUAUUUAUAUUAUUAUUACGAUUAUUAUUGAUGUGGUAAUUCAAAAUUACAAAAAAAAAAAAAAAAAACAUAACAAAAUGAAAAUUUAUUAUAAAUAAA